CUUUAGGCUCUACUGAACGUCUGCAACUAUCAGCUAAGUAUAUCCUGACAAGUUUAAGGUCUCGAGAUUUAGUUAUGUACGGUCUCAAGAGAGAAGUGAAGCUCGAUUGAUAACACUUCCAAUAAGGUUCUCCUAGCAAGGCUCUGGAGAUGUUCAAAGCUAAGGACAUAGAGAAGAAUAUCAAUCAUACACUUAAUGUAUUCCCCAGUCAACGUAGGAAUCUGUCUUUGGAAGGAUACGAGCAUGUUAUUGAAAGAAUUCCGCGUUCCGCUUCUCUAAUACCAAACAACUUCUCCAAAUCCAGACUUCAUAGUGCUGUUUGCUACUCUUCGAUAUUCUGCUGGAUACUGAGAACCCACUGCGCUUCUGAUCGGUAUAAAGUUUCGUCCAAUAUAACCUCCUAGCGGUUGUAUCCAUGAUGUUCUCAUUAUGAAGCUACCUCAAUGAUAGUGCGUGUUAUCACUGCGAAUGUGAGAGUCCACGUGCAAUUAAAAACCCUAGGUCAUGAGCAAAACUCCAAAAAUACCAUUGAAAAUCUUGAACCGGUUAUACAGCGUGCAAAACCUAAGGAUUGUAUAUUCACUACUCUAGUCAUGGACGGUUCACACGAACAUGUUUCUGAUCUAAGUGGCGAGUCAACAACCACAGAUUCAAUUAGUUCCGGGGGAAUAGAUAUCAGAGCAACCAGUCAGUUAGGACUGACUGGAAAACCGUUGAGACUGGAUCCUAUCUGGUAUGAUUUUACUGGUAGAUGGAAGAAGCAUGGCCACAGAAACACAGGGGAUGUGGCUCUGGUAGUUCUGGAUCAAUCUGUUACCCAUUAUAAAGAUCCCCAUAGUAUAGCGCUAGUGGUUUUCUUGUAAUCCUUGAGCUCUAUUGGAGUCGUUACCAAACAACUAAUGUUUAUGCUAUCAUCAGAGAAACAUAAAUAGCAUUUAUUUUCCGGAGGACUAUUUUUUUUUGGCACAUUC